CCUCCAAGACAACAGGACCUAAAGCUCUACUCAAUUAUAGACAAGAUUAUUUCAUUUUGAGGACACCGAUUCAACGACACCUUUUAACUCUUUCCAAGUAAACGGAGUUCGACUGGAAUUCUUAGAGGUUUGAUUUGGAUACUUUCAUAAAUGUUGGUGCCUUUCUACGAGUAUAACACCAUACAGAAGCGGCGUCAGAUAAAUAACCUCGCACCAGCUCGUGUGUUAUUUCAGCAUCAUUUUUAUUAAAAAAUAAAUAAAAUAGCCACGUUGACCUUUCUGUGAUAUUUGAGGUUGCUGAUUGUUUGAUUUGGCUGGUAUUAUAGUCAGCGGUACUUCUCAGCCAUUGUCCUCGUUGGGGAAAAAGCGACACCCUUAGACCGCCGGUGGUACUGCAGGUGCCGGUGAGUUGUAAGUGAGACAGAGGGAGUCUGAAUAAUUUAACGGCGGAAAAUGAGCUCCGAGGAGGCGGCAGUACCACCGAAACAGGGCGCAGAUGAUGAUGGCAUGUCCUGGUGGUACCGGUGGAUCUGCAAACUGGCUGGUGUGCUUGGAGGCAUAUCAUGUGCAACGAUGGGAGUUUGGAAUUGCGUGACGGUGAAUCCGUUAAACAUCGCGGCUGGAGUUUGGAUGGUGUUGACAGCGUGUGUAUUGUUCCUGUGUGAAGUGCCGUUCUGUUGUCAGUUUGUGGAGUUUGCUAAUGUGAUCGCUGCUCGAGCGGACCGACUGAAGCCGUGGCAGAAAGCCCUGUUUUACUGUGGGAUGGCGCUGUUUCCUAUUUUUUUAAGCUUUUCAAUCACAACCUUAUUUGGAAAUGCCAUCGCCUUUGCUGCAGGAGUGCUGUACGGACUCGCAUCUCUUGGAAAGAAAGGCGAUGCGGUGAGCUACGCUCGAUUACAGCACCAGAGACAGGGCGAUGAAGAGAAGCUUGCAGGAACAACUGAUGUAUCUGUGCCGUGAAUCUCCCGUCGUCACCUCCUCUACCUCCUCCACCCUCUCACUCUCUCUUUUUCUCUGUAACAAGGUGGACACCUGACUGAAGUGUCUCCUCACUGUUUGAUGUGGUAAAACCUUAGUGUAGAUGUCUUCUUUAGUGUGAAACAAAGGAAAACUAGGCUGUGAGGUAUACAAGUACAGUCCGAUGUCCCUCGGUGUCGAACAUUCAGCUGAAUAAACAUUAAAAAUACAUCGAUUCGAAAUCAUUGAAAUUGUAAUAAAAAAUUAGACAUUAAGACUGGACAUCUGUCCCUCACAGCCUCGUGUUAAAGCUGGCGUCUGCCCUGUCUAACGUUUAAACAUAUGCUAACCUUUGACCUCUGAAAGAGCCAGUCAGUGGGAAACUGUUCUCUAGUUAAUUUGUGUGAAUGUUAAUUUUAAAAAUGGGUUUUAAGUGAAUAUUUUGAUGAAGGAUUGUGUUCUCUUUUAUUUAUUUAAUUGUAUUUUUGUCUCAAUUUAUUAAAACCGUAAUGGGUCGACCUUCGGUUCUUUGGCUUUUAACUGUUUGUUUCCAUUUUAUUUACAAAUCCCAGAGCUGUAGAGGUUUUAACACAUAAACUACCGUCUCCUGCGUCGUCCCUCAUGACAAACGACCGCAGCACACGCAUUUGGAAGUUUGGCCAUUGGGAUUUUUCCCAGAAUUCUUCCGUUCUAUAGAUGAGAAAAUACAAAAAGAGGCAUUUGUUAAAUGUAAAACGUUGCAAACGAUGAACAAAAAUUACAUUUUUAAGCAUGCAAAAUAUGUUUCGACGAUUACAGGUGUUUUUAAAACCACUGCAGGGAUAUAAACGAAGCGUGUGUGUGUGUGUUUGUGUGUCUCUGUUUACCUGAAAUAUUAUGCUGCAGCAUGUUUUGAGUACUAAAGAAAUGGUGGAAUGUAAUUGUGCUACGCUGCUCCAAAAAGCUUGGUCACUUUCAUUAAGUAUUUUACAUUAAGUACAAUAUCUUUUGUUUCAUAAUAAGCUUGUGUGAGCGUUUUUCUAAAUGAAGUUGCAAGAGAUCUUUUUAAAGGGUUUCCUCUAUGUAACGCUCCAUCUUUAGGACCGUGUGUGCAUUUAUGCAUUCUUAACCCUUGGAUGGACUCACAGGUCAAUUUGACCCAUUUGAACGUUUAACACUGAUUGACAUCCUCCACAGAGGUGAUCUGAACCUGGCAAUGUUUAUUUUUAAAUGUCAUGCAUUUAUAAACAAAGCUAUAAAAAAAAAGAACCUUUGUACCUCCGGGUCAAUUUGACCCGGUUCAUAUAAAAAGGUGUCAAAUGGUAGAAAUAUUUAAGUACACAUACUAAUAAUUGCAUACACUCAUUGACAACAGAUACAAAUGCUAUCACAAUAUUCUUCUUAUCGAUAUUAAUUUGUUCAAAAGUUAUUUUAGUGUUAACUCAGUGUUCAUUCAAAUGUUUGACAUGUUCAAAUUAGAAUAUAAACAAAUAAACACCUUAUUGAAAAAUGUAGAAUAUAUGCAAGUUACCGAGAUCACAUUAGUAGUCCAUUCAGAGGCUGAGAUAUUCCACAAAACAUGGGGGAAGGGCGGGGCUUCCCGAAAAUGACUGGAUGUCUAUGGGCGGAGUCACAAAACACUGUGCCCCCUGCAUUUCUGAUCUGUAGGGGAGACCAGGAAGUGUUGUAACACUGUCAGUUUGACCAAUCAGAAAAGAGCUGCGAUGAUGUCAUCAAUAUCAUAGACUCCAAUUUCCUUUUCGAGCUCACAUGAGAAGUGGCAGGUCUCUGUUAGAAACACUGUGAAUUUUAUAACCAAAAAACAGAUUUUCAGGUAAACAAAAGUAUUUUUUUUUUUAGCAACAUUAUUUUUUGCCUAGUGUUCUUUCUAUUGUAGAUACAAUGUUGCAACUUAUAUCACCUAAAGUAGCCGUUUCUCUAGUUUAAUGUGAUGCUUUGCAUUCAUGCUAACUCUAAACCCACAUACCUUAAACAGUUAGCUAUAUAAUGGCUGGUUGUUGUGGGGAUUGUUGUAACAGUUCAUGAAAAAUGUUACAACCAUCCCCUCACUUUGUACUUAGCUUUUUGUACUUUUCACCUUUUUUCUAGCAUGCCUAGGCAGUGGAAGCGUAAGACAGACAUUUUGAGAAAGGCUGCAAUUGAAGUCAGGCAGGGAAAAUCUGUGAGAUCAGUCGCCAAGACCGAUUCCAUCUGUCACGUCACAUUGUACAGAUAUUGUAAAGCCGCAAAGAAGCUAAGAGAGGAGGGUUCACGUGAGAAGCCCCAUGUAGGCUACCGUAGUAGUCAGGAACUCUUGACAGAGUAUUUGACGGAUAUUAUAUUAUAUUGUGAUAGGUUAUAUAGAAAACGUAGUUUUUUCUGGUGUUUGCUGCCAUCUAGUGGAAUUAUCUAUGACUAAAAAUACGGAGAUCGAGCAAACAGAGCCUUUAAUACAAGCUUUUGAAAUUAAAGAAACGUUCAUUGUGACCCAGCAGGUUCAAAGUAGGGACUUGAUCGCGAACCAUCCAAGGGAUAAGCUUCUUUAAAGGGCUUUUCUGGAAUUAUUGUAAUUAUGCAUUGAUGAUGUGUUUGUUGGGUUUUGUUUACCAAACUGCUGCAUCUACCUGAGCCAGUCUCAACACUGACCGUUAGUAUGAAAGCCAAAAUGACUAAAAAGCAAGAUGAAAUAUUUAUCACUGAGGUCAGAGGUCACUCUGUCCACACUGGCUUUAUUUUAUCAGUAUGAAAGACUCCAAGCUUUCAACGACUAAACUUUACAAGCAGUUAAGACACAAAUAUUGGCAUGUAGAUUUUUUUACCAAGAGGUUUCCAGUAACACAAUUGAGAUUGUCCAAAUCCACCAGCACACAAACCAGCUUCAAUCACUACAUCUAUAUGAUUCUAAUCUUUCCAUAUAAAAUGAAUGUUUACAUCAAUACCUUUCAGUGGUGUAUCUAUAGAAGUGUUUAUUGCAAGAUCUUCGUCUCUGUAAUCUUGAAAUCAAAAAUCCUCUGAAUGUGGUUCCAGAUAGUGUCACAAAACACCUCAAAGCUAUUUACUAUAUAACCAGACACGCAGAGAACUACUAACUUGAAGGGAGGACACACCAAAAUUGUUGGAUUUGUGGGGUGCAAACUCAUGAGAGGUGAAAGUCAUAGCUGGUGUUCCAAAUGUAUAUUUUCCAUUGAUUCGUUAAAUGUAUAUAAAGCUUUGUGUUUGGUCUUAAAGUAACACAAGGACAUUUUAGAAAAUGUUACCAAACAAUUAGGCUAAUAAGCUUCAGAGUAGUUGACUUUAGUCGUGAAGCUUGUGUUAUAUCUUUGUGUUGGAUUAAUGAAAUGAUUUUCCCAUGCACUCAAUAAAGUCAUCUGUCUUUCAAACCUCUCUUAUUGCCUGAGUUCUUAAUGGAGAUUUAAACAUUACUUUGCUUUUAGGAAUACAAAUCUAUCUCCUUUUAGAAUGAACAAGACCAUUGACUAUAAGACUCAAUUUUAGCAGGGGCCCGGGUAUCUCAGCGAGUAUUGAUGCUGGCUACCACACCUGGAGUCUCGAGUUCGAAUCCAGGGUGUGCUGAGUGACUCCAGCCAGGUCUCCUAGGCAACCAAAUUGGCACGGUUGCGAGGGAGGGUAUAGUCACAUGGGGUACCCUGCUCACGGUCACGAUUAGGGGUUCUCGCUCUCAAAGGGGCGUGUGGUGAGUUGUGCAUGGAUUGUGGAGAGUAGCAUGAGCCUCCACAUGCUGUGAUUCUCCGCAGUGUCAUGCACAACGAGUCACGUGAUAAGAUGCAAGGAUUGACGAUCUCAGAAGCGGAGGCAACUGAGACUUGUCCUCCGCCACCCGGAUUGAGGUGAGUAACCGUGCCACCA